GGAUUAUCUCCGCAAAAGUGGAGUCCGCGCAUCGCCGAUAAGGCCGAGCGAUGAAUUAAUAAUUUCCUCGAAUAGCAGUAUCAUGACUCAGUCUCACGCUGUCAACUGCCAACUAACAAUCUUCUGUUGUAUCCGAACUACUAUCUAAACAAUCCACCUAUAUCUCACACUACACCUCCCUUCGCGCCUUGACAAUGCUGCCCCCCUCCCUCAAUAUACCGAAAUGGCUCGAAGCCAACUCGCACCUCCUCCAACCGCCCGUCAACAACUACUGCAUCUACCACCCGUCGACGUCGGCAGGCUACACAGUCAUGAUCGUCGGGGGGCCCAACGCCCGCACCGACUAUCACAUCAACUCCACCCCCGAAUUCUUCUACCAAUACCGAGGCUCAAUGCUACUCAAAACCGUCGACGAAUCCACCACCCCGCACACCUUCAACGACAUCCCCGUACACGAGGGCUCGCUGUUUCUUCUACCUGCCAACACGCCGCACUGUCCCGUGCGCUUCGCCGAUACCGUUGGCGUGGUCAUGGAGCAGCCGCGUCUGCCGGGCGCCGAGGAUACGAUGCGUUGGUAUUGUUUGAGUUGUAACGAGGUGGUCUUUGAGAAGAGCUUUGUGUGUACGGAUCUGGGCACCCAGAUCAAGGCCGUGGUAGAGGAGGUUGCGGCGGAUCAGGCGAAGAGGACGUGUGGGAAGUGUGGGACCGUCGCCGAGACGAAGUUUGGGGAUGGGCAGGUUGUGCAGCCUCCGCGGUUUCCGGAGUAGAUAUAUAUCCCGACUUUGUUGAUGGGUGGUAUGUUGGGUGGUUGUGUAUAAAAAAAGGUGGCGCGAAGUAACGUGAUGACGAAAAGUUUUAUCCCCACUCAUAGUUUAAUGAAUGUAUGAUUGAAUCGUGAGACUUAAGUAAAUAAAUG